AUGCCCCCCUACGCCCUGGCCUGGGGUACAAACAGCAUCAUGGUGGGCGGCUGUGACAAGAAGGUGGUGGCUUACAGCCGAGAGGGUCACGUCCUGCAGACCUUCGACUACAGCCGAGACCGGACGGAACGAGAGUUCACUGUAGCCGCCACCAGCCCGAGCGGGCAGUCCGUCGUGUUCGGCAGCUAUGACCGGCUGCGGGUGUUUAGCUGGACUCCCAGAAAAGGAGUGUGGGAUGAAGCGAAGCCCAAAGAGAUCCAAAACCUCUACACGAUCACCGCGCUGGCCUGGAAGAAAGACGGAUCACGCCUCUGUGCGGGAACACUGUGUGGAGGAGUGGAGCUGUUUGAUUGCUGCUUGCGGAGAAGCAUCUAUAAAAACAAGUUUGAGAUGACCUACGUCGGCCUGAGCCAGGUGAUGGUGAGGAACCUCAGCACAGGAACCCGUAUCGUCCUGAAGUCUUAUUACGGUUAUGAGAUCGAAGAGGUGAAGAUCAUGGGCAAAGAUCGCUACCUGGUGGCUCACACAUCUGAAACUCUACUGCUGGGAGACCUGCUGACCAACAACCUGAGCGAGGUGCCUUGGCCCGGCUCUGGAGGAAACGAAAAGUUCUUCUUUGAGAAUGAAACAGUGUGCAUGAUCUUUAACGCCGGGGAGCUGAGCCUGGUGGAGUACAGCAACAAUGAGAUCCUGGGUUCGGUCAGGACGGAGUUUAUGAACCCUCAUCUGAUCAGUGUCCGGAUAAAUGAGAGGAAGCAGAGAGGAGUUGAAGACAACAAGAAGCUGUCAUAUCUGAUCGACAUAAAGACGAUCGCUAUCGUGGACUUGGCCGGGGCUACAAUCUGGCAACCAUCAGCCACGACUCCAAGAUCGACUGGCUGGAGCUCAAUGAAACCGGACGCAAACUGCUGUUCAGGGACAAGAAGCUGCGG